GCAGUUUAUCUAGAUUGCCUCUUAGUUGUGGUCGUUUCGGGGGUCGUCUACAAUUUGGAGCCAUUUAAAAGAGGAUAUUUUUCAAACGAUGAUUCAUUAAAAUAUCCUUAUUACUCCUCAACAGUCAAGAGUAUAUACUUGUUUACAGUAGUGCCUAUAAUUACGGUUUUAAUUAUUGUUGCAACGGAGCUCAUACGAGCCCGUAGUUACGGUUUUACGACGCGUUACAAGCACAUUCCCCUGAUCAUUAUUAGUUUGUACAAAUUUCUUUACCUUUUGGCCUUCGGCUACGCUGUGGUCUCCAUGUUUGUUCAUAUAGGGAAAGUCGUCUUGGGUCGACUCCGGCCUCACUUUUACGACGUUUGUGGCCCAGCUGUUGUAGCUGAAACAACUUAUGGAUACAUAAGUGAAUUUACCUGCACCAAAAAUGAUGCUGGCUUAAUUAAGGACAUGAGACUAUCAUUCCCAUCAGGCCACGCUGCCUACACAAUGUUUCCAGCUAUCUUCAUUGCAGUGUACCUGCAUUACCGUAUGCCAGACAUUGGAAUGGGUUCGGUGUUGCAGGCAUUUGUCCAAACCGCGGCCGUAACAGCCGCCUUCUACGUUGGCAUGACACGAGUUUCAGACAACAAACACCACUGGACGGACGUUCUUGGCGGAAUGGUAAUUGGCGCCUUGGUUGGUAUUUAUACCGUGAGUUUGCCUCAAGUUUCUUGCCUCUUAGUUACAUGUUUUUCUUUUGACGUCAUUUCGUUGGAUUUACUGCAUUCUCGAAUCGUGCACAGCUGGUGGUGA